AGCAAGAAAUUCAUGCUUAGGGCAAUUGGAAGUCAGAUCUUAAGAGUCAAUGUAUUAAAGGAACGACCACGUCAACAAUAUUUCGCGAAUAUUGUUGAGCUCGUAAUCAGAAUAGAAAUUUUCUACCCAUUACAACAAAUAUCUUGUCAAAAGCGCAAAAAGAUAUGA